CCCCCUUUUUUUUAUUGACAUUUCGCUUAAUUCUAGCUUGCGGGCUACAGGCGUUUUGCAGGGUCAUUUGUUUUUUAUUCGGUGACAUUUAGCACCACGGCUUCUGAACGGAUAGGUGCAUGUUUUGCACAAAAUAUAGGCGUUUGUAGGUGUCAGGUUGUUGGAAAAUUGUGGAGACAUCAACAUCUUUCUUCCUUUAGAUUCCUGACGUUUUGGCUUCCUUUGUCAGCUUGACUUCCGUUUUCAUGUGCAAUCAACAGUGGAAAAAUAGCUAGUUAGCUAUCUUGCUAGGAAAACCCUAGUCACUGUUUUAAGUUGUAUUUAGGCGUGAACAAUAUAAGACUUUCUAUCUGCAAAUACGUCUGCUUUAAGGGGCUAAUUUCCUACGUUGGUUUGCAAGCUAGUUUUCAGGCUAGUUUCCUUACACGGAUGCUAGGUGGCUAGCAAGGAUAGCUAGCUUGCUAACAAUACUGCUGCACAUUUCUCACUAUUGUCCGUCGGUACGCUGUACUAGAAGUGUCGAAAUACCUGAAUGAAAGGUCGUAAACUUACUGUCCUCUUACAUUAUUUUUUGUACUGAGGCCCCAAGAAAGUACGUUUUUAGCUAGCCCCAGCUAGCUUAAUUAGCUAACCAAAACACCAUGUUUCGAUAUUUAAAUGACGUGGAUGACAACCCUUACAUGAUGGAUCCAUUUGCAGCCCAGAGGCAACAGAUGAGGAGUCUGUUUGGGUCAUUUGGCUACGAACCUUUCCCCCUCAGCCCUCAGAUUCAGCCUCCCCGUGCACCCCACCUUCAGGCUGGAGCCCUGCAGCCUUUUGGAAUGAUGGGAAUGGGGGGAGGCUUCAUGGACAUGUUUGGGAUGAUGGGAGGAAUGAUGGAGAACAUGGACAGAAUGUCUGGUUCGCCAAACUGUCAGACGUUCUCUUCCUCCACAGUCAUCUCCUACUCCUCCUCAGACAUGGGAGCCCCUAAAGUCUACCAGCAGACCAGCGAACUGAGGACUGCACCUGGAGGGAUUCGUGAGACGCGCCAAUCGAUGCGUGACAGCGAGAGCGGCUUGGAGCGCCUGGCCAUUGGCCACCACAUCUGGGACCGCGGUCACGUAAUGGAACGCUCCCGAAACCGCCACACGGGUGACCGCGAAGAACGACAGGACUACAUCAACCUGGAGGAGAGUGAGGCUACUGCUUUCGAUGAGGAGUGGAGGAGCACAGCCGGAAGGUACCCUCCCCCAAACGCACGGGGGAUAGACUACGGCCGGGACAGGAGGGCAGGGGGCCAACAGCUGGCCCUCGCCGCCCCACCCAGCUCCUCGUCUCCGCCCGCCCCUCGCCAUGAGUCUCCCAGACACCUCCCACCCGCAACUCGCCCCCGCUACGACUGGUGAGAGGGGUCAAAGGUGAAAGGUGAGCAGAAGGAUGGAGGAGAGGAUACCGAGGGGAUCUGCCUGAUGCUGUGAAUGAAGAAGGGAGAAGAGGGUCACGACUGACCGUCAAGAUGUUUGAUAUGAUGGGACUGUCUAUAUAUAAACUAUACAUUUAACACACACACACACAUCAGAACCCAACACACUCAAUACCUGCAAUUAUGGUUCAACCUAUCUGCUGUUACCGUUCACAUACACGUGUGGACACACAUGUACACACAUGAUUACACACAUUCAAGUUGUAUAUAGAGCCACCCUCCAACUUCACAUGCGUUAAUUUCCCACCUCACUAUAUAAAUAUAUAUAAAUUGCCACACUACAUACUACACAUGUGCUGUACAGUCCAUAUAUGUUUGUGUAGACACUAGUGUGUCUGUGAAUUGAAUUGUAUACUGUUGACUAAAACAAUUAAUGAAAACAAACAUUAAAUAUUGUUAGAUAAUUGCACACUGUGUUGUGGUUUGUCAUGGAAUAGUGAGUGGAUGGGUUAUGUUUUUAGAACAGGUUUUGACCUGACGAGGACUGCCAUUACUGAAGGUGGUACAGGAGAAAUGGAGUUUGCUGGUGUUUUUCUGUCUUAAUACAGUCACGUGUCUGACAUCCCAUUUCCAUGUAGGGAAGUAAACAGACAUUCCAACAAUUUUCAUUGUUGAAAAGCCAUGAGAAUUGGAAUUUAAGUUUAAUUCCCAAAUAGGCACAAUUGAAGUGGUAUUGAUCCCAACCCUGGUGCAUGUGAAAAUGUUACUUGGUUGUAUUUUUGUUUUGCUGUUGAAUCUGUUCAAUAUUCAGCAUGUCUUUCCAUCCCAACACUUUGUUUCUAUUAUAAAUGCCACAGUAAAUAGUGUGUCUUAUGGCACAGUCCAUCCCUUCAUACAUACUCCCUCAAAAAUAAACACAUUCACAUCCCUACACACACUCUCUUGUGUGUGUAAACUCGUGCUCUCACUAUCUAGUGUCAGAAUAGCUGCAGAUGGUCAUAUGACAUCCAGAUGGAACACACCAGAGAAGAAGCCAAUCAAAAUCCUCCCUGCCCUCUGCCCAUUCCGUGGCACAUUCCCUCUGGAUUUGUCUCUUCCAUAAUUGUCACCUUCAUCUCUGAAGUUCCAUCUGUAUUUUAUAGCUGCCUUGUGUGCUUUAUUGUUCGUUCUCUAUCUUUCAUCUCUGUAUUCUGUUAAAUGCUACCCAUCACUAGUUAGUUGGCCCUGGCCUUCAUUCACAUACAGUGCCUUGCAAAAUCAUUCAGAGCUUUUGGAUUGCUUCACAUUAUGUUACGAAUUAGAAUUGAUUGAUUUAAUUUUCUUUUUUUGUUAAUCUACUCAAAAUACUCUGUAAUGUCAAAGUGGAAGAGAAAUUCAAUUUUUUUUAAAGAUGAAUAAAAAUAUGAUAACGAAAAUAUG